ACCUCACCACCCACCUCCUCCUCCAGCUUUGCCGUUCGGGGUCCGCGUCCUCCCCGCGUGGGUGGCCUCGCGUCGCCUGCCGCCCCCACCGGAAUCCCCGCCGCCUCGCGGGGGCCGUCGUCGCGGUUGCACCAGAGGAGGGCGGGAACCCGGCUCCGAUUUUUCAAGCUGGCCGCCGCCGCCGCCACCGCCCCCCGCUCCGCGUCGCCGUCGAUGGCGUCGUCGGGCGGGGACGAGUCGCCGUCGCCGGCCAAGCCGGUGCUCCUGCACGGGGACCUCGACCUCUGGGUCGUCGAGGCGCGGCUGCUGCCCAACAUGGACAUGUUCUCCGAGCACAUCCGCCGCUGCUUCGCCUCCUGCGGCACCGCCUCCUCCUGCGCGCCCAGGCAGCCCCCGCCCAACAGCCGCGGCGUCGGGGAGGCCGGCAGCCGCCGCCACCACCACCGCAGGAUCAUCACCAGCGACCCCUACGUCACGCUCUCCGUCGCCGGCGCCGUCGUCGCGCGCACCGCCGUCAUCCCCAACAGCCAGGAGCCGCGCUGGGACGAGCAGUUCUUCGUGCCGCUCGCGCACCGCGCCACCCUGCUCGACUUCCAGGUCAAGGACAACGACACCUUCGGCGCGCAGCUCAUCGGCACCGCCUCCGUCCCCGCCGAACGGGUCGUCGCCGCCGUCGACGAGGUCGAGGAGUGGGUCCCCAUCGUCGGCACCAGCGGCAAGACCUACAAGCCCCGCACCGCGCUCUUCAUCCGCUACCGCUUCCGCCCCUUCGCCGCCAACCCGGUGUACCGCCGCGGCAUCCCCGGGGACCCCGACCAGCAGGGCGUCAAGGACUCCUACUUCCCGCUCCGCCACGGCGGAAAAGUCACGCUCUACCAGGACGCGCACGUCAACGAGGGGGACCUGCCGGACGUCCAGCUCGAGCGGGGGAAGAAGUUCGAGCACAACCAGUGCUGGGAGGACAUCUGCCACGCCAUACUCGAGGCGCACCAUAUGAUCUACAUCGUCGGCUGGUCGAUCUACGACAAGGUCAAGCUGGUGCGCGAGCCGUCCUCGUCCAGGACGCUCCCGGAGGGCGGCGAGCUCACGCUCGGAGAGCUGCUCAAGUUCAAGUCGCAGGAGGGCGUGAGAGUGUGCCUGCUCGUCUGGGACGACAAGACGUCUCAUGACAAGCUCUUCAUCAAAACGGGUGGUGUGAUGGGAACGCAUGAUGAAGAAACUAGAAAGUUUUUCAAGCAUUCCUCAGUCAUCUGCGUUCUUUCACCUCGAUAUGCCAGCAGUAAGCUGAGCAUUUUCAAACAACAGGUUGUUGGGACAUUGUUUACACACCACCAAAAAUGUGUGCUGGUUGAUACACAAGCUUCGGGAAACAAGCGGAAAGUUACUGCUUUCAUUGGGGGCCUAGAUCUUUGUGAUGGGCGUUAUGAUACUCCUCAACAUAGGCUUUUUAAAGACCUUGACACAGUAUUUGAAAAUGAUUUCCAUAACCCAACAUUUUCGGCAGGCGCAAAAGGACCGAGACAACCAUGGCAUGACUUGCACUGUAAGCUUGAUGGACCAGCUGCCUAUGAUGUCUUGAAGAAUUUUGAACAACGCUGGAGAAAGGCAUCCAAAUUCCGUGAUCGAUUUAGGAAAGUAUCUCGCUGGAAAGAUGAUGCCCUGAUAAAGCUGGAGCGUAUCUCGUGGAUACUUAGUCCUUCACCUAAUGUUCCAAAUGAUCAUGUUAGUUUGCGGGUUUCAAAAGAAGAAGAUCCUGAAAAUUGGCAUGUUCAGGUAUUCCGGUCAAUUGACUCGGGCUCUCUAAAAGGAUUUCCUAGUGAUUGCAAAGAGGCUUCAAAGCAGAAUCUUGUGUGCCGAAAGAACCUCAUAAUUGAUAAGAGCAUUCACACAGCAUAUGUCCGGGCAAUCAGAUCAGCGCAACAUUUCAUUUAUAUAGAAAAUCAGUAUUUUCUUGGUUCUUCGUACGAGUGGCCAUCCUAUGUGAAUUCAGGUGCUGACAAUCUGAUACCAAUGGAAUUGGCCCUCAAAAUUGCAACCAAGAUUAGAGCUGGCGAACGGUUUGCAGUUUAUAUAGUCAUACCAAUGUGGCCUGAAGGAGUCCCUACCUCGGCCUCUGUGCAAGAAAUUCUUUUCUUUCAGGCUCAGACAAUGGAGAUGAUGUAUGGAGUAAUCGCACGAGAGCUCAAGGCCAUGAAUAUUGAGGAUGCACACCUUCACGAUUACUUGAACUUUUACUGUCUAGGCAAUCGGGAAGAACCGUCAACAGAUGGUAGCCCUGGGUCAGAUAAAUCUACAGAUAAAAGUGCAGCGGGCCUGGCUAGAAAACAUCGGCGGUUCAUGAUCUAUGUUCAUGCAAAAGGGAUGAUUGUAGACGAUGAAUACGUCAUUUUGGGCUCGGCAAACAUCAAUCAGAGAUCCUUGGCUGGCUCGAGAGAUACCGAAAUCGCAAUGGGUGCCUACCAGCCUCAUCAUGCAUGGUCUUCGAAGAAGGGUCAUCCUCACGGCCAGGUAUAUGGGUAUAGGAGCUCCCUCUGGGCUGAACACCUUGGUAUGGUUGAUGACCACUUCAAGGAACCUUCUAGCCUGGACUGUGUAAGAUUAGUGAACCAAAUAGCCGAAGAAAACUGGGAAAGAUUCGCGUCAGAAGAGAUGCAAACGUUGCAAGGGCACCUCCUCAGAUACCCGGUGAAGGUAGAGCCCGAUGGUAAGAUCGUCCCGCUGCCCGACCAAGAAUGCUUCCCCGACGUUGGCGGCAAGAUCUGCGGCGCUCCGACCUCGCUUCCUGAUUCGCUGACGAUGUAGCAUCACAGCACUGACUUCUCUUCAGGGUCCAAGCUGGUUCUUUUGCUCACCUGUAAAACCUCUCUGAAUGUCUUGUCUUGCCGACGGAUGGUAAUCUGUGAUCACACAUUGUGUGGCGUAUAGGGGAAAGCACGGGCUGUUCACGGUGCGUUGUAGAGUUGUGCCUUUGUAAGAUUUUUUCUACAGUAUGUACAUGGACAGGACAGGACAGGGUCAUUGAUAGUUUUUGACAUUUCUACUGCGAACUGUGCACGUACAAGGGGGUUCACAACCA